AUCUCACUUUAAGAGGAGGAGCUGAUCUGAGAUCGGCCCUAAACAUAGAGCCCGUUACCUUAACGGUGAAGAUCCGAACGAAGUUCUCCGCCCCUUUCUGCACUCCGGCUCGGGCAAGCGGAGGGAUCCCAAAUGGUAAAAUGGCUGAGAAGCAGAGGCACGAAGGCAGGGUUAAGAUAGGACACUACAUCCUCGGAGACACGCUCGGAGUCGGCACGUUUGGCAAAGUGAAGAUUGGAGAGCACCAGCUGACAGGACAUAAGGUUGCUGUUAAGAUUCUGAACAGACAGAAGAUCCGCAGUCUUGAUGUGGUUGGCAAAAUCAAGCGAGAAAUCCAGAACCUUAAGCUGUUCCGCCAUCCACAUAUCAUCAAGUUGUACCAGGUGAUCAGUACUCCCACAGAUUUCUUCAUGGUGAUGGAGUAUGUGUCUGGAGGGGAACUCUUUGACUAUAUCUGUAAGAACGGAAGGGUGGAGGACAGUGAGGCACGGCGUUUGUUCCAGCAGAUCAUCUCAGCUGUGGACUACUGUCACAGACACAUGGUGGUGCACAGAGACCUGAAACCAGAGAAUGUUCUUCUGGAUGGCAGCAUGAACGCCAAGAUCGCCGACUUUGGUCUCUCGAACAUGAUGUCAGACGGGGAGUUCCUGAGGACGAGCUGUGGAUCGCCUAACUACGCUGCGCCAGAGGUCAUUUCUGGAAGACUGUACGCGGGCCCAGAGGUGGACAUCUGGAGUUGUGGCGUGAUCCUGUACGCCCUGCUGUGCGGGACGCUGCCCUUCGAUGAUGAGCACGUGCCCACUCUCUUCAAGAAGAUCCGCGGUGGCGUCUUCUACAUCCCUGAGCACCUGACGCGCUCCGUAGCGAGUCUGCUACUGCUCAUGCUCCAGGUGGACCCACUGAAAAGAGCCACCAUCAAAGACGUCCGUGAGCACGAGUGGUUCAAACGGGACCUCCCCGGCUACCUGUUCCCGGAGGACCCCUCGUAUGACAGCACAGCGGUGGACGAGGAGGCCGUGCGCGAGGUGUGCGAGAAGUUCGAGUGUGCCGAGGCCGAGGUGCUGGGCAGCCUGUUCAGCGGCGACCCACAAGACCAGCUGGCAGUGGCAUACCACCUGGUCAUCGACAACCGUCGCAUCAUGAACCAGGCCAGCGAGUUCUACCUGGCUUCCAGCCCGCCCACGGGCUCCUUCAUCGAGGAGGGCGUGCCCCUGCCCCCGGGCAUCAAGCCCCACCCCGAGAGGAUGCCCCCGCUCCUGGCCGACAGCCCGAAGGCCAGGUGCCCGCUGGACGCGCUCAACACCACCAGACCCAAGCCGCUGGCCGUCAAGAAGGCCAAGUGGCACCUGGGGAUCCGCAGCCAGAGCAAACCCUAUGACAUCAUGGCCGAGGUGUACCGCGCCAUGAAGCAGCUGGACUACAACUGGAAGGUGGUGAACCUCUACCACUUGAGGGUGCGUCGGAAGAACCCCGUCACUGGUAACUUUGUGAAGAUGAGUUUGCAGCUCUACCAGGUGGACAACCGCAGCUAUCUGCUGGACUUCAAGAGCAUCGACGAUGACGUAGCUGAGCAAAAAUCCGGCUCGUCCACGCCGCAGCGCUCCGGCUCAGCGGCUGGGUUCCACCGGCCCCGUCUCAGCAUCGACUCUGCCACUGUUGCCGUGGAGAUACCGCAGCUGAGCAGCUCGCUCCCAGGCACUUUCCCGGGCAGCACACCCCUGCUGGCACUGCGCCAGGGAAGCCACACCAUGGACUUCUUCGAGAUGUGUGCCAGCCUCAUCACUACACUGGCACGCUAAGCUGCUGUCACACACACACACACACACACACACACACACACACUCACAUACUUACAUCCAUAUACACACACAUUCACACACUGUAGCACACAAUAACCUGUGUUACGGGUAAAGCUAUUGAGCAACUCUCACCCUGUGUAGCAGUCACCAUUACACUUCAGUGUAGUAAAAAUCUCUCUAGCUCAGCAGUGAGGUCUUCUGACGCCUGUGUAGGUUUCAGAGCCCUUCAUUCAGUUUGUUUUUGUAUAUCAUGUAUUCAUAAUACUGAUUCAGUUAUGUUAUACAUGUAUUAUACUGUCUAUAUGCACCUAGUCCUCACUUUAGUACCUGAAUUGCUGUUAAAUGCAAUGGCAUACCAAAAACUAGGUUUCUAUGCAUACGGAGAGGAUUGAUAAUAAUUUAGAUAUCAGAAUAUUUAUUUUUUGGAGAUUAAGAUAUUUAGUUGCUUUACUUAGACACUAUUUUGUGGUGUGUGGAAAUAAUUGCAAGUGUUCUGAAAUGCAGGCUUGAGUAACGCGAUAUGGUUAUAGGGAAGGCUCCCAGCGAGCAUGUUAAGACUAACCAAACACACGCCAUCUUUAGUAUAAAGCUCUGACAACCGCUGCUGUCGCGUUGUUUACUUAGGUUGUUUACUUAGGCAGAACAGUGAUUUUUCACUUCUGAAUAAAAGCUCUGUGGCCUUC